AUGUUUUUACGUCGUUGCACAAUUUACCUCAUCGUUUUUCUACUGGUUGCCAGCACUGCAUCCGCGGCACGUAAAACCAAACGUCCGGUCAAGCCAGCCAAGACAUUUCCCCGUACCAAUGUGACGCCUGCACCAGCUGUAGCAGCAGCAUCAGCCGCAGCUGCCGGUGCUGCGGGUUCUGCUGCCGGUCCAGCAGCUGCUCAACCGUCUGCCGCUGCUACCACACCAUCCAGUCUUAGUAGCACAACACUCGCGCCUAGUAAUAAUGGCGUCGCGGCAAGCAGCACUACGGCUACACCAACACAAAUUGGCAGUGGCAGUUAUGCCGCUAGCGCUGCUGGCGAUGACACCACCGGAAGCGAUGGCUAUGCCGUGGGUAAUGAGCUGCCCAAACCUAUGAUGCCGUUGUCGGAAGCGAGCACCGGCAGCACUGGCGCAGCCGCAUCGUCUGCCUCGGCUGAGGCCAAAACGGACGCACCGUCGGCUACUUUGUCGCCCAUCGAUGAGGAUUGCGAUCCGGAUAUGAUUGGUUUCGAAAUUAUUACUGGUUACGUUCUCUCGGCGCCAACUAAAUUACUUGACACGCUGCCCGGCAUACUGAUGCUGACUGAUUGCUUGGAGGCAUGCCAGGUGAACGAAUCAUGCAGUGCAGUUAAUUACGAGACCGGUCUCUGCGUAUUAUUCAAAACCACCGCUGAUGUAUUGCCAGGUUCACUUUCGCGUUCACAGUUUCCAGUUUUCACGAUUUACGCACAAAAAUCCUGUUUGGGCGUGCGUCCUUGUUCGAAGGCCUGGUGCAUCGAUCGCGUUCAAGGUUAUCGCCUAGUGGAGCAUGUCAAAUCAAGCCAGACUGUCUACUCGCGCCGUGACUGCUUGGAAUUGUGCUUGGGCGAGACCGAAUUCACGUGCAGAUCCGCCAACUUCUAUCGCCACUCUGGUUUGUGUGAGCUCUCAGAUAUGGAUCGUAUUACCUUGACUGGUGCCAAUAACGUGGAGCCCUAUGAUGGCGCCGAUUAUCUGGAGAACAAUUGCGCCGAGGAACCAAGCAAGCUGUGUGAAUUUAAGCGCAUUUCUGGUAAAAUUCUGAAGACUGUGGACUCUGUGUAUCAGGACAUCAACAGCAUUGAUGAGUGCCGUGACUUGUGCUUGAACUCCCCGUACAGAUGCCACUCGUACGAUUACAACGAUACCGGCGACAUGGUCUGCCGUCUCUCGCAUCACAGCCGCGCCACCCUUACCGAUGUGCUCGAUCCCUACUUGGAUGUGCCCGAAGCUGCCACCUAUGAACUCUCGUCUUGCUACAAUGUCUCCAUUGAAUGCCGCUCCGGCGAAAUGAUCACCAAAAUACGCACCUCGAAACUCUUCGAUGGCAAAGUUUAUGCCAAGGGCUCACCCAAAUCUUGCUCGGUCAAUGUGAACAACUCACUCGAAUUCGAUUUCCGCAUGGGCUACAAUGACUUGGAAUGCAACGUACGCCAGAGCGCCUAUGGCCGUUAUAUGAAUGACAUCGUUAUCCAGCACCACGACAUGAUUGUCACCUCCUCUGAUUUGGGUCUAGCCGUUUCGUGUCAAUAUGAUCUGACCAACAAGACUGUCUCGAACGAUGUGGAUUUGGGUGUCACUGGCGAAAUCGAAUCAUCAUUGAGCGAAGAAAUCAUCAUCGACUCACCGAAUGUAAUCAUGAAGAUCACCUCACGUGAUGGCAGCGAUAUGAAACGCAUUGCCGAGGUUGGUGAUCCGUUGGCGCUACGCUUCGAAAUCGUCGAACAAAACAGUCCCUAUGAGAUUUUCGUGCGCGAAUUGGUAGCCAUGGACGGCACAGACAAUGCCGAGAUUACGCUGAUCGAUGCCAAUGGCUGUCCCACAGAUCAAUACAUUAUGGGCGCCAUACAGAAGUUGUCACACAACCGCAAAGUGCUCGUCUCACAAUUCGAUGCUUUCAAAUUCCCCUCAUCGGAGGUGGUGCAAUUCCGCGCGCUUGUCACACCCUGUAUACCGCGCUGUGAGCCAGUCAUCUGUGACAAUGAGGACGCUAUUAUGGGCGGCACUGAUGCCAAAUCGUUGAUUUCGUAUGGACGCAGAAGGCGCUCGGUGGUGAAUGGAACGGAUGGCGCUGAAUUCCUGUUGAGUACCAUGGCGCAUGCGCAACGUCAGAAGCGCGAUGUGAGCAACAGCGGCACCAGCAACAGCGAUCGCAGUGACAACAAAAACAACAAACCCGCUAACGCCGCCGACGAUAAUAUACUGCUGGUGCAAUCGAUUCAAAUCACCGAUAAGUUCGGCUUCAAUCAAGACGAUGCCAAUGCGUUGGGCGCCGAUCACAAAGUCUACGCUGGCAUUGGCGAAGAUGCGCUCACCUGCCUCAAUGGCUAUGGUCUCAUUGUAGCCGGCGCGCUCUUCCUGUUGGCCCAAUUCACCAUCUACAUCAUUUGGAAGACUGUGCAGAAACGCUCGAAGAAGGAACGCUACCUAUACCAACACGACUCUGCAGCGGCCGGCGCUGUCAACUAUGGCGCUCAACCCAUGGCCUAUGGCCAGGCGGCUGUCGGUCACUGCGGUGGCGUCACUGUGGCUUCACACUCGGGUAGCAGCAAUGCCAGCGACACGCUGGGUAAACUCUACGACAGCGGCAUGACGGGACGCUAUGGUCAGCAAUAUUGAGAGUAGUUAAU